CCCAGAUAUUUUUCGCUCCUGUGCCUGUACCGUCGUGCUCGUGCUCUGUAUAUAUAUACAGGCUGCCACCCUCCGCCGCUUUCCGUCGUCGCCAUCGCCAUCAAUUCAUCCACCGCCGUCCCGCCCGGGUCCCUUCCGUACUACUAGAGGCGAUCGUUGCUCUAGCUUUGCACCAGCGCGCGAGAGGUGGUGGUGGGGGUGCAAGUGCCCAGAGAUUCGGGAGAUUGGUUGGCAGACUAGAGAGGGAUUAGUGCCCGUUAUGAGCGGGAGGAGGAUGCAGCCGCAGGCACAGUCGUACUACGCGGUGCUCGGCGUGCAGCCGGGCGCCACCGCCGCCGAGAUCCGCGCCGCGUACCACCGCCUCGCCAUGAGGUGGCACCCGGACAAGAUCGCCGGCGGCCGCGUGGAUGCGGCGCGCGCGGAGGAGGCCAAGAUCAGGUUCCAGCAGAUACACGAGGCGUACCAAGUGCUGUCGGAUGACAAGAGGAGGGCGCUGUACGACGCCGGCAUGUACGACCCGCUCGACGACGACCAGGAGGACGUUGAGGGAUUCCACGACUUCGUUCAGGAGAUGGUCUCGCUCAUGGCCACCGUGGGGAGAGAGGAGCCAGUGUACAGCUUGGCCGAUCUGCAGUCCAUGCUGGACGGGAUGAUCAAGGAUUUCACCGCGCCACCACAACCUGAGCCCCGUGUCUUCUACACCGGUGGGGCAUCGGGCAAACCGAGCAGCAAAGAGCAGAGUACUGCUUCGUCACGCAUGCAUCCCCAGGGGUUCGGUGACGCGGCGUGCUUCAGCCGGACGGCUUUCUCACGAUGAUGGUGAUAAAUAAAUUGUCGAGCUUUUAUCCAUAAUAAUCCGGCAGCAAUGGGUUUUCUAGCUCGUGGAAAUGGAGGGAGAGUAGGAACUAGGAACCCGUCAGAGCCAACGUCCGCCAUGGGCAGACUCUGUCUGAUUUGCAAUUGCUUUGCAUUGUGGGGGGUGAAAGAAGGUGAGGUGGGAAGAUUGCAGGACAAGGCCACAAAGGGGUAGUCGCGUAGGAUCGCCACUCAUAAGAAGGGAUUUUUGUUUCGUUUUGUUUGGUUUUCGUCUCCUGCCUGCCAUGGUAGAGAUGAGUUGUGCCAAGACAAUUUGUACAUAAGGGUAUGCCAUCAAAAACGAGUUGUCAUCAGAGUAUGCCAUCAAAGCUGAUGUUGCCGCUCUAGGCUCUACAGUUCGUGUGUGCUUGAUACAACAUUUCAAAGGCCUGAUUGUCAGAUUGUGUAAUGGAACUUCUGUAUCAAUGAUUGGCAUGCUUGAAA